GAAUGCUUGGGGAGCACGCACCUUGUCCCUUACAUCGCUCCUGGCCAGUCUGCCUUCAAAACCCAGUCAGUGUGUUUUGGGCACUCACAGUACAUCUCAAGUGAGAGCAGCCAUGUUUCGUGUGCUCAGCAGCCACACGUGGCUGGUGGCUAUUGAGCCGGGCAGUGCAGAUCGGAAGCCUCUUGCCCACUAACCGAGUGCUCGGGAAUGAAUGAAGCACCGGAGAUCUCCACUUUGCUUCAACACAUAACCCUACAGACCUGUGACCAGAAAUCCCAGGGAGACCAUGAAUUGCAAGAGAAGGGUGCUGUUAUUGAUCUCCUGUGUUUUAUACUUCAUGUUGCUCGAGUAUCAUUUCAGGGACGAAGUAGAAGAACUGCGGCUCUCAGACUGGUUUAACCCUAGAAAACGCCCUGAUGUUGUAACGACCACAGACUGGCUUGCUCCGGUCAUAUGGGAAGGCACUUUCAAUAGACAGGUCCUGGAAGAAUACUACGGAAGACAGAACCUCACCAUAGGCUUGGCUGUCCCUGCUACUGGCAGGAUUGCAGAUCAGUACCUGGAGCUGUUCAUACAAUCGGCCAGUAAGCACUUCAUGACUGGCUACAGAGUUAUCUUUUACAUCAUGGUGGAUGCCUUCUACAGGCUGCCUAACCUGGAGCCCGGUCCUCUGCAGACGGUCCAAGUACUCGACAUCAGAGGACACGAUGCAGAUGACUUUCACCUCAUGCGCAUGAAGAACUUAGCUGUGCACAUAGUAGGGCACAUUCAGGACGAAGUUGACUUUCUCUUCAGCAUGAUGGCCAAUAGAGUCUUCCAGAAUGACUUUGGGGUGGAGACCCUGGGCACGUCCGUGGCUCAGCUCCAUGCCUGGUGGUACUUUAAAAACACGGAGAACCUCCCUUAUGAGAGGAGGCCCGGAUCCGCGGCAUGCAUCCCUUUGGGACAGGGGGACUUCUACUAUGAUGGCACUGUCAUUGGUGGCACGCCCCUGGAGAUUUUAAAUUUCAUCAAAGAAUAUCUGGACGGGAUUAUGCGCGACAAGGAAAAUGGGCUGAACAGCACCUACGAAAGACAUCUGAACAAGUACUUUUUCAUCCACAAGCCCACCAAGCUGCUGUCUCCGGAGUACAGCUGGGACACGGUGCUGUGGCCCCCAGCCCAGGUCUGGUUGGUCAAGGCAGCACGGUGCUUGGAGAGGGCCUUCUGACUCACCAGCUUCUCCUGUGGACGGGCCGACUGCGUAGACACGGAUUCCUGAGCACAGAGGGCGUCCUAAAGCUCUCCUGGUUUCCGGGCUGUAAACGUUGAUGCCAUCCAUCCGCAGGAAACGUUUCUCCUCGCAGUUGUGAACCGUCCAGUUUGGUCCAUGCAGGAUAAAGAAUAAAA